AUGGCGGAAUUAUGGUGGGGUGAUUCUGAGAAGGGUCGCAAGAUUCAUUGGCUAGCCUGGGAUAAGUUGUGUGUCCCGAAGGAGGAAGGUGGUCUGGGAUUUCGUAACAUGGAGCUGUUCAACCAAGCUCUACUAGCAAAACAAGGUUGGAGAUUGCUAAGAUAUCCUGAUUCAUUGCUAGCCAAGACAUUGAAGGCAAAAUAUUUUCCGGAUGGUGACUUCCUGAAUGCUAGGGUUAGCCCGGGUGAUUCGUAUACAUGGAGGAGACUGAUAAAGAGUAAGGAGCUUUUACAAAAGGGUGUUUGA